AUAAAACCGUCUUCGACGGAUUUGGCGACCGGAGACCGGUGGCCGUCUAUUAGUAGCUCGCUGAAUACGGUGUCGGGAGAAAAAAUAUCUUGUAAAAACUAGUUUUAAUGUUGACAGAAUAUAUAAUUUCCAUUCUACUAAUCAAUUAACAUCACAAAGACCAGCACAUAUAAUGGCUGAAGCAACUCAACCUCUUGCUGCAGCACAAAGGGAGUUCUUUAGUUAUUCUGGACCUACUGCUGGUGUUAACUACCCUUUCAAAGUUCAGUAUUGUGGAGAAUGCAGUAUGCCAAUUGAAUAUUGUGAGUUCUAUCCAAAUUACGAAAAGUGUAAGAAAUGGUUGGAAUCUCAUCUACCUGGUGAAUUUGAAAGACUGGUAUCAUGUAAAGGUGAUGGGGAAGCAGGUGGUGAGGGAGAUGACGGAGAGAAAAAGAAGAGACAGACCAGAGGUGGUAAAGGGACUGUGAAGGCAAAGAAAAAGUCUGAACCCCAGGGCAUUAAACUUGGCACUGCAAAACGUGGCAAGAAGAAAAUGGUGACAAUUGUCAUGGGACUGGCUUCUUAUGAUAUAGACUUGAAAGAGGCAAGCAAAUAUUUUGCCAACAAGUUUGCAUGUGGUUCAAACAUACAGGCAGAGGAUGAGAUAGUGAUUCAAGGUGAUGUGAAAGAUGAUCUUUUUGAUAUUCUACCUGAAAAAUGGAAAUCUAUAAAUGAAGAUGAUAUUGACGAUAUUGGUGAGGUGAAGAAAUGAGUUUCCUAAAACAAAGAGUGAAAUAGACUUUUUUACAACAUGAAAUUAUUUAUUCAACAACAAUAAUAAUAAAAGUGGAAGAAAUGA